UCCGGCAGCUUCUGGCGCUUUGAAGCGGAUUGGGUGAGGGAUGGCGGUGCUGGGGACCAACUUCAAACGCGAUCGCGGUCGUCUUUGAAACGGGAGAACUCAAGUCUAUGAAACUUUUUUUUUAAGGUUCAUUUUAUUGAUUUGAAAGGCAGAGAGGGAGGGAGAAGCGGAGAAAAGCAUCUUCCGUUGAUUCUCUAAAGUUGUGUCAUUGCAAAUGGGUCUGGUCGGGAGAAAAUGAGAAUUGAGACAGGAAAAGGUGAGGCUGGCUGUCACGUGCUCAGAGCUUCAAGCUUGUCCUUUGAGGCCCUUGGCCGGGUCUUGACAGCGUGAAUGCCUUUGGGAGCUAGCGGGAGGCUUCGUCCUGAGAGACGCGUGGCCGGGGGCGCGCGGGCAGCGCAGCCUGCAGCAGGAGCUGGGGCCACGUUGUCAUUGCUGUCGGAGAACGGAGCAGGAUGGCCUGCACUGUCAAGAGAGACGGGACUGGGAGCGCAGCGGGCGUGAGCGCAGCACAGCCACUUACUCGUGACCUUGUGUUCUGAUUGCGCUUGAACGCUGUUCGGUUUCUGCAGGGUUUCCUGCGUCUCCCCUUCUGCCAGGCUCUGGAGAAGACGCGCCCCCCCCCCCGGCCUGUUUUUUUAAGAGUCUCUGUGCGCGUUCACAAAACCAUUUCCCUUUCUGCUGUGCAGGGGUGGAGGAGCACCUGCGUGCAGGCCUGUGCUUCCCUGGCCGGCUAAGCCUUUGCUGUUAACCUGGCCCAAAGGGGAGGAAAUCAUUCGGGAUAUAAAUGCGGGGGAAUUUCCGUAGAUUUUUAAUUUUUAGCUACAAUAUGUUGCCCCCCCCCCCCCCACACACACACCAGGAGGUUUAUUUGAGAAAUGUUUGGUCACUUUGGUCUUUAUAGAAGUUUCCUCCUGGUACUUUUCAUCUUGUGCUGGUCGCUCUUAUAGUGAAAUUGCAUUAUUGUAUGCUUUGGGAAACAAUUAAAAGUUAUGUCCUUUUUCUUAAAACGGAGAUAUCUUAUAAACUUCAGGCACUUUGUAAAGAUUCAACCUAUACUGAAGUACAUUACAUAUAAAAAUGAAAGUCCUUUUGACUCCCACUCUCUCUGGGAUAAUCACUGCGAACAGUGAAUUCCUUGUUGAACUUGAGAGAAGGCAGAGUUUGCUCACAGCCGUGUUGCUGUGUGUGCCUAAGGCCUGCCCAGGGCUGGUGUGUUGUGGUUCAGGGCUCGUGUUCUCUGUUCGCUGAGGGCAAGAAUUACCAGGGAAGGGGAAAAGGGGGUGUUUUACAUUGGGCUGAUCUGAAAUUCUGUGAUGAAGUAACAGGAGAAUUUAAAUAUAACAGGUACUAUUUUAGGUGCGCCCUGGUAGAGAACUUACGGUAGUCUGGUGGGCUAGUUAAUGUUGAAGUCCAGCCUCCGAUGGAUGUACACCCACUAGACUCAUUCAGACAGAGCCAAACCCUCCCAUGUGUAGAGAGUGCUGUAAUAUUACAGUUCGGAAGGAAGUCCUGGUUAUACUGGCCGUGAAGGCCACUGCCAAGUUACCCAGUGCUGCUCUGUGACCAGAGAUUGCAUGCUGAACUUCAUGGACAGGACGUUAGAAGAAACAAGGGGGGGGUGGGGGUGGGUCAGUGGCUGUGCUGUCCCAGAUGUGGCAAGGCAAGGACUGAUGUUGAGGAGGGGCGAAAGGGACUUCCUGAAUGCCACUCAUCAUUGGCAUCUUGGCAUACAUUUAAGGUAGAUUUCUGAGUAUACUUCGAUUUUGGCUUCUAAAUGCAUAGUCAUUUAUUAACUCAAAAGACCUUAGUCAAAGUACAGAAUCACUUACUCCUUCGUUUAGUGUAUUCAGAAAGGGUGAACUGUGGAGACCUUGGUGAUCAAAAACCUAAGCCUCAAAAUAGUCACACCCUUGAUUGUCUGAGGGUAUUGGGCGGGUAGUUUUUUAAUGUUUUCAAAUUAAAAUUGUUUGGAAAACAAAACUUGAAAAUUAAAGAAUUCAAUUAGCAACCAGAGUUCCUGUUAGUUGUCUAUGUGAGUGAAGUGCUCCAUCUCUACUUUAAAAAAAAUUUUUUUUGACAGGCAGAGUGGACAGUGAGAGAGAGAGAGAUAGAGAGAAAGGUCUUCCUUUUGCCGUUGGUUCACCCUCCAAUGGCCGCCACGGCCGGCACGCUGUGGCUGGCGCACCACGCUGAUCCGAGUCAGGAACCAGGUGCUUCUCCUGGUCUCCCAUGGGGUGCAGGGCCCAAGCACUUGGGCCAUCCUCCACUGCACUCCCAGGCCACAGCAGAGAGCUGGCCUGGAAGAGGGGCAACCAGGACAGAAUCCGGCGCCCCGACCGGGACUAGAACCUGGUGUGCUGGCACCGCUAGGUGGAGGAUUAGCCUAGUGAGCCACGGCGCUGGCCCAAAAAAAUUAUUUUUUAAAAUUUAUUUGAAAGGCAGAAUUACAGAGAGAGGGGGAGACAGAGAGAGUUUCCAUCUGCUAGUUCACUCCCCAUAUGGCCACAAUGGCUGGAGCUGGGCGGAUUCGAAGCCAGGACCCCGGAACCUCUUCUCUCACGUAGGUGGCAGGGGCCUAAGCACUAGGGCCAUCCACCGCUGCCUUUCCAGACGCAUUAGCAGGGAGCUGGAUCGGAAGUGGAGCAGCGGGGUCCCAACAAGCACCCAUGUGAGAUGCUGACGUCUCACGCGAAGCUUAACCUGCUGCACCACAACACCAGUCCCUAAAUCGGGACUUCAGGGAAGGCGUGCUCUGGUGGCCAGUGAAAGUCAGCAAAUGAAAGCAGAGAUGGGGAAGUGGCCAGACAUUGUGCCUGCGAGACAGGACGAUAAGAGAAUGACGCCAGCAUCUAGAUUCAUGGAAAAAAAAAAAAAAAAGGUGGCCCUGGAAGGCUUAAAAUAGUCCAGAGGGGGCACUUCAGUUACUAGUCAUGCCCAGAAAGAGAACUGUCUGCUUUACAACACUGAAACUUAGCGCUAUGAAUCAGGAGUCAGAGGCUUGAGUUGUGGCUGCUGCUCACAAGAUGAGCAGUUUGGGCUGAACUAACCAGUGAGCCUGAGCGUGUUCCUUUUAUCGUAAAAUGAGGGUAAUACCCAUCUCACAGUGGUUUGAGUGGGCUGCAUAAUGUAUGGGGAAAUACUCUGUACGUUUUCUUUUCUUUUUUUAUUUGCUUGAAAGUUAGAGUUACACAGAGAGAGAAGGAGAGGCCAGAGAGAGAGAAAGGUCUUUCACCCGCUGGUUCAGUCUCCAAUUGGCUGCAACGGCCGGAGCUGUGCUGAUCCAAAGCCAGGAGCUUCUUCAGGAUCUCCCACAUGGGUGCAGGGGUCCAAGGCCUUAGGCCAUCUUUUACUGCCUUCCCAAGCCAUAGCAGAGAGCUGGAUGGGAAGUGGAGCAGCUGAGACUCGAACCGGUGUCCAUAUGUGAUGCCGGCACUGCAGGUGGCGGCUUUACCCACUGUGCCACAGCACUGGCCCCUACUUUGUGCAUUUUCAACCACUAUAUAAAAGUUGCUGGGAUUGAAAUAAGCAAAAAAUUAAUAAGCAAAAUAAAAGUUACUUCAUUCAUUCAUUCAAAGAUUCAUUAAAAACCAACUAUAUGUCAGGCAACUAUUAGGAGCCCUGGAGUUGGGCAUAGUGAGUAAAACUGUCUCCUGCCUGCUGGCAUCCUAUAUGGGCACCAGUUCGAGUCCCAGUUGCUGCUCCACUUCCAGUCCAGCUCCCUAAUGCUCCUGGAAAAGCAGUAGAAGAUGGCCCAAGUCCUUGGGCCCCUGUAUCUGUGGGAGACCUCGAAGAAGUUCUGGCCAUUGCAGCCUUUUGGGGAGUGAACCAGAGGAUGGGAGAUAUCUCUUUGUAACUCUACACUUUAAAUAGAUAGAUAGAUAGAUAAAUGGAAGCCCAAGGAUUGCCUUAAUAAGACAAGCUCUGAGCUUAGAAUAAGGCAGGGAUGCCAAAUACUUAAUACCUUGAGUGUGGUGAUACGUGCAGCCUCCCAGUUUGAGACAUUAUUUGUCACUCUAGUUGGAGCCUAUAAGCAAAGGAAAUAAUACCAUGUGUGAAAUCAGAAAGGCUUUUUUUGUGUGUGCUAGGUGAUUUGGGAUUAAAGGGAAUCUUUUUUUUUUUUUUUAAGAUAUUUAUUUAUUUAUUUGAGAGGCACAGAGAGAUUGUCCAUCCGCUGGUUCACUCCCCAAAUGGCCACAAAGCCUGGAGCAGAGCUGAUCCGAAGCCAGGAGCGAGGUGCUUCCUCCUGGUUUCCCAUGCCGAUGCAGGGCCCAAGCACCUGGGCCAUCCUCCACUGCCUUCCCGGGCCACAGCAGAGAGCUGGACUGGAAGAGGAGCAACCGGGACAGAACUGGCACCCCAACCGGGACUAGAACCCAGGGUGCCGGCGCCACAGGCGGAGGAUUAGCCUAGUGAGCCACAGCACCAGCCAAGGAAUCUUAAAUCUUAAAUAGACGUAAGGCUUAAAAAUGAAGUUGUAUUACGCUUCUUAGAAUGAACACUUUUUAUGAUACUCUAUUGGUUUAAUUUUACUGAAUUAUAAUCAGAGGCGUGAUGUUUUCAGGAUUUGGGUUAGAAGUAAACAAAAUAAUUGAAGCCCCAGAGUUGGAAACGGUAUAGUGUUUUAAAAAUGUGUAGGAGCUCCGGAGAGAAGGGAAUUGGGUCAUCUCUCCUGUCGUCGUGGAGCUGCCUCCUGUUAUUCCUUCAGGAGCACUUACUGAAUACCUAGCAUGUUCCAGAAACCAGCAGCCAAAAUCCGUGCCUUCAGGUGGCUCACAUCCUGGUGGGGGAGACUACCACACAGGUCACUGUAAUAGCCAACGUCUUUCAUUCCUUUGUGUGUGUGUGUGUGUGUGUGUUUUGAGAUUUUAUUGAUUUAUUUGAAAGGCAGAGUUACAGAGAGGAGAGAAAGCUUCCAUCCACUGGUUCACUCUCCGAAUGACCACAGAGGCCAGGGCUCUGGGACAGGCCAAAGCCAGGAGCCGGGAACUCCGUUUGGGUCUCCAACUGCACUUGGGUGGCAGGGACUGAGGUACUUGGGGCACCUUCUGCUGCUUUCCCAGGUGCAUUAGCUAGGAGCUGGGUCGGAAGUGCAGCAGCCCAGACUGGAACUGUUGCUCAGGUGUGGGAUGGUGGUGUCGAAGUCGGCAGCAUAACUGGCCGCACCACGAUGCUGGCCCCCGUAGCCAGUUCUUAGCACCUGGUCAGUCACAGGACACUGCCGCGCAAUCGCUACAACCAGGAAGGAUUUCCCACCCGUCUGAGAUGCAGGAAUUGAAGAGGCCUACUCUAAGUCACAUGCACCUAGUAAGUGGCAGGGCCAGGACCGGAACCGAGAGAGUCAGGUUAGCCUGUGCUUGAAUGCCUACUUCGUGCUGCUGUUGUGGUACCUAAAGUCAAGUGUGGUAAGGACAAAGUAAUACCAAGACCUAAGAGGAAGGUGUUAAAGAAAGCUUUCAGGAGGAGGUGAUAAACUAAUUUCUUAAAUGAUACGUGGGAGGUUCAGAGAGAAGACCCAGUCAGCAUGAGUAAGACUGGCGCUAAGAAAUGUGUGAAGUGUCUGUGGGGUGGCAGGCAGUUUCAUGCUGGUAGAACAUGAGGUUAAAGCAGGAAGCAGCCCAGCACAGAGCAGGUGGUGGGCAGGGAGGGCCUGGUGUGCCUCACCAGGAAGAGCUCACACUUGAGUCUGAAGGUGCGCCAGGGGAACCACAGCAGAACGGCGUGGCCUGGUUUUGUUCUUCACGGAUCGUCUGAGAGCAAGGAUGGAUUUGGGAGACCAGCAAGGGGCCCGUGGUAGCACCUCAGGUCCUCGGCACCUCUGUUACAAUAGAGGACCAGCGAGGUGGAGAUGGGACAGACAGAUUUGAGAAUUACCGAGUGGGGAAAUGGGCGAGACUUGGAAGUCCAUUGUGAGGGAGAAUUCUGCUCAAGGUGACUCUCAAGCAGCCUGGGACUACUGAGGGUGGCUGCUGAGACAGGAGACGGGCAGGGUGAGGCGGGCCACACAAAGCCUGAGUCUGCAGAGUGAGUACUCGAGGUAGGUAGAAGUUCUGCAAGAGGAACUCGCUGUGAAUGCCACGUGCAGAAAGGGACUUCCUGAUGAAGCUGCCUGUGGCCUGCCUUCCUGAUGAAGCUGCCUGUGGCUUGCCGGAGCCUUCUGUUUCGACUGUGCCCUCUGGUGGCGGGAAGAUGCUACGCUGCCUCUUGAGAGAGGGAUGAAAAAUUUUAAGACUGCGUGGAUUAAAUUGUAGAUACCACAUUUCUUCUUCACUCCUGAAGCCAGGGAGGAAUAUUCCAGAAACCACUGUGUCCCUCCUUGCUUUCUGGGUGGACAAAUUCAACUCUUAAACCCAUAAUGCAGCUGAACUACAGAACACCUCACUCACUCACAAGUUACUUGAUUGGCCAUCGCAGCUGUCCUGUGCCUUGGCAUGAAGCAAAUGAAGAAAGCAGUCUGAUUGUGGAUCAGCAAAGCUCAGGAGUUGGAACUAUAACUCAUGGAACCCUUCCCCAGGUCCUCACUGGAAGCUAAAUUAUGAACAUUGAGUUUCACUGAAGCGGCGGGCAGCCAGGAGCUGAACACACCUUUUAGAAGUGACAGCUUGUUGGCUUGACAAGCAAAGGUGCAGAAAAAUACCAACCAGCUGCAGUUUCCGAAAGCAUUAGCAGUUUGAGGGCUUUUUGUCUAAGUGCAGGCAACCCUUGCAGAUUUGAACAGCUCCUGUAUUUCAGCAAAACAUAAUUGGUGCAGAGGAGAAAACAGGCAUACGUGGGGGCUGCAGUUAGAAUGAUGGGAAGAGCCCUCGACCAGGAUUGAGACCAAGGUUUUAUCCCUGCAGACUGCGUGCCUCAGUGUGCCUCCUCCUCCAUAAAGCAAUGGGUUGAACUUGGUCAUUUCGUGAAAAUUCUAUCAACACUGUUGGCAAUGAUGGCAUUAAUCCUCUUAAAAAUUAUACUGUGCACGGAUUAAAAAGGCAAACACUUGUCAUCUCUAAUUUAUACAAGAAUCCUAUAAGGAUUAUGAUAAUCCUAAUUUCUGUGGAUGAAAAUCAUAGGCCUUUCUAGGUACAGACCUUUCCUUGUGACCAAAGAAGCGGUAGAGCUGGUAUUCCGAGAGAGCAGAGACUGCUUCCUGGGCUGUUUUUUAAAUUCUUUCGUUUACCAAGCAUGUAUUAAGUGCCAGCUCUGUGGGAAGAAUGUGCUAGGCACAAGGAGCACAAAGGCCAUUCAGCCUUGAGGGCUCAGUGGAGUAGGCGCUGCUGGACAGUGCUGCUGAUACAAGGCAUACUGCAGCAUUGUUCGGCUGACAUACAGCUACAUUAUGGUUUUAGGAGACGCUGGGGUGUGAACAUGACCCUGAGCCAUUCAUGGCAUUGUUCCUAUGGGAAUGUGUGCUGCAGGUUCCAAAUAAAAACACAGCUUUGGCACGUACCCCAGGUAUCAUUUCAGAAUGUCCUAUACCAGGUACUGUAUCUUGAGUCCAGUAACAAGCCAGAAUGCCUUGUUUUUUUAAAAUAGUGAAUAAAAUUUGCUAGCCCUGAGCAUGCCCAUCAUUUAAGUGCCUUCAAAUAAAACUUUUGUCUUUAGGAACUUCUACAACUGAUUAAGCCUGGGCCUUUUAAAGAGAAAAUGGAAUAAUUUAAUCCAUUUAGAGGUUGGACUGUGUGCCCUGGAAAUUAGUAUACUAAGAAAGAAUUUUGCCAGUGUGACAUUGUUAUAGGUGACAAAAUCUUCAAGCCAUGAAUUUGGGCUCCAGGGUCAUGCUGUUUGUGUUCUAAUCUCUAGAAUUCCUCUCUUUAUAGCCUUAGGAAGUGUAUAUGAGGGGUCUUCAGUAAGUUUGAAGGAAGUACAUAUUAUUAAAAAACUAUGCAUAGAUUUCAAAGUGUUUUGCACUGAAAUUAACUUUUAAUUACAUUUUUCCGUGAACUUAAAAAAGUUUUUAAAUUAUUUUUUGAGAGACAGAAAAGAGCUCCUAUCUACUAGUUUACUCCCCAGAAGCAUGCAACAUCUGGGGCCAGGCCGGGGCUGGAGCCAGGAGCUGGGAACACAGACUAGGCUUCCCAUGGGACAGCAGGAACCCAGUCCCCGAGCCCUCGGCUGCCUCCCAGGGUUUGCAUUGGCAGGAGGCUGGAGCUGGGAAUCACACCCGGGCCCUGGGAUGUGGGAUGUGGGCAUUUCAGACCAGGCGGAAUGCCUGCCCCUCCAUGAACUUUGAAGCACCCACCUAGAACACGGUAGACCUGUGUUUAGUCUGGAAAAUUAAUCUUAUUAUAGUACCUCCUUUGUGGGGUUUGUUAGAGAGGUGUGUUAUGUAGCACAAGCACACCUAGUGUGUAUGUCUCCCUAUACAUCCACCUAGAAUAGAACCUGGCGAUAGUUAGGCUAAGCAAACGUUAACUACUUGAAUUAUUGUGUUAUAGUUGUCAUUUAUCCUACCUUCAUAAACCUCCAUCUACAAAGAAAUGCGUCAACCUUUCCUUCCAAUGCAUUUCUAGCCAAGUGGCACGUAUUCCUCGCCAGGUACACUUACACAGAUACCUUCCUCCUUGCUUUCUGUUUUUCUCUUAUUCAUUAAGACUUCACUCCUAAAAUCACUGGUGUGACUUUUAAAAUAGUGAUUCUGCUAUAAUUCAUGCUUUUCUUCUAAACUCUUGCUGCAGUUUAUUCGAUAUAAAACUGAAUUGUUCUCAUUUCUUGGUUUCAAAAAUUUUUUUUAAAGAUUUAUUUUGUUUAUUUAAAAGGCAGAGUUUUGGGGCAGGGAGGAGAUUGCUCGUCCAUCCCAUGGUUCACUCCCCAAAUGGCCUCAACAGCUGGGUCUGGGCCAGGCCGAAGCCAGGAGACCGGAAGUCCAUCCAGUGCUGAUACGGGAUGCCAGUGUUGCAGGUCUGUGAUUCCUAGAAGAUGGCGAAGCCCAGCCACAGCAGCUACGUCCUGCAGCAGCUGAACAACCAGAGAGAGUGGGGCUUUCUCUGCGACUGCUGCAUCGCCAUCGACGACAUCUACUUCCAGGCUCACAAAGCUGUCCUGGCCGCCUGCAGCUCCUACUUCAGGAUGUUCUUCAUGAACCAUCAGCACAGCACCGCCCAGCUGAACCUCAGCAACAUGAAGAUCAGCGCCGAGUGCUUCGACCUCAUCCUGCAGUUCAUGUAUUUAGGGAAGAUUAUGACCGCGCCCUCCAGUUUCGAGCAGUUUAAGGUGGCCAUGAACUACCUGCAGCUGUACAACGUGCCCGACUGCCUGGAAGACAUACAGGACGCGGACUGCUCUAGUUCCAAGUGUUCGUCCUCCGCGUCCAGCAAGCAGAACAGCAAGAUGAUAUUCGGGGUCAGGAUGUACGAGGACACCGUGGCGAGGGGCGGCAGCGAAGCCAGCAGGUGGUGUGCCGAGCCGAGCUCCACGGUGAACACCCCGCACGGCAGAGAGCCGGACGAGGAGGCCUUGCCGCUGGGCGGCUUUCCCGAGCCCCUGUUCGACGUGUGCAAGAAGAGCUCCGUGUCCAAACUGUCCACGCCGAAGGAACGCGUGUCGCGGCGCUUCGGGCGGAGCUUCACCUGCGACAGCUGCGGCUUCGGGUUCAGCUGUGAGAAGCUGCUGGACGAGCACGUGCUGACCUGCACCAACAGGCACUCGUACCAGAACCCCAGGUCCUACCACAGGAUAGUGGACAUCCGCGACGGCAAAGACGCCGGCGUGAAGGCCGAGUGCGGCGAGAAGGAGCCUUCCAAGAGCUGCUCCGCGCAGGCAGACAAAUACAGAGGGGACGCGGGCCAGGCCGCCGAGGACGCGGCCUCGGCGCCCGGCGGCAGGAAGGGCGGCGCGGCGGAGCCGGAGGCGGCGGCAGAGGAGCGCGGCCGCGCGGCCGAGCGCAAGCGCGUGGUCGUCAAGAUGGAGCCGGAGGACGUGCCGGCCGCCGAGCUGAAGGACUUCCACAUCAUCAAGGUGGCCGAGAAGGACUGCAACGAGUCCACGGACAACGACGAGCUGGAGGACGAGCCCGAGGAGCCGUUCUACAGGUACUACGUGGAGGAGGACGUCGGCGUCAAGCGCAGCGGCCGCAAGCCCCUGAAGCCCCGCAUGGCGCUGAGCGCGGACGAGCGCGGCGUCCUGGAGGCCCUGCGGGCCCCUCCCGGCGGCAGCCCCGCGCCCGAGGACGCCGAGCACGCCGCCUGCGAGCUGUGCGGGCUCACCAUCACCGAGGAGGACCUGUCCUCGCACUACCUCGCCAAGCACAUCGAGAACAUCUGCGCGUGCGGGAAGUGCGGGCAGAUCCUGGUCAAGGGGCGCCAGCUGCAGGAGCACGCGCAGAGGUGCGGGGAGCCGCAGGAUCUGACGAUGAACGGGCUCGGGAACCCCGAGGAGAAGAUGGACCUGGAGGAGCACGCCGACGAGCAGGCCGAGAUCAGGGACAUGUUCGUGGACAUGCUGGACGACUUCAGGGACGCGCACUGCCAGAUAAACAGCAUCCAGAAGAAGCAGUUGUUCAAGCACUCCGCCUGCCCCUUCCGCUGCCCGAACUGCGGCCAGCGUUUCGAGACUGAGAACCUGGUGGUCGAGCAUAUGUCCGGCUGCCUAGACCAAGAGAUGUUUAAGAGUGCCAUCCUGGAGGAGAACGAGAGAGACCACAGACGGAAGCAUUUCUGUAACCUGUGCGGGAAAGGGUUCUACCAGCGCUGUCACCUGAGAGAACACUACACGGUGCAUACUAAGGAGAAACAGUUUGUCUGUCAGACUUGUGGAAAGCAGUUUUUAAGGGAGCGUCAGUUGCGACUGCACAAUGAUAUGCACAAGGGCAUGGCCAGGUAUGUCUGUUCCAUUUGUGAUCAAGGCAACUUCAGAAAACAUGACCAUGUGCGCCAUAUGAUUUCCCAUUUGUCUGCGGGUGAGACGAUAUGCCAGGUGUGCUUUCAGAUAUUCCCGAGUAAUGAGCAGCUGGAGCAGCACAUGGAUGUUCAUCUGUACACAUGUGGAAUAUGUGGAGCCAAAUUUAAUUUGAGGAAAGAUAUGAGAUCCCAUUAUAAUGCCAAGCAUUUGAAAAGAACCUAAGUGAUUUUCUACUGUACUAAUGUUUUAGUGGGUAGCAGACAAAACACACCAAAGCAAAGGAUAUGAGCUAUUUAGAAAUCAAUUUAAGAUGAAUUGUUGGGAAAAUUUUUCAAGGCCCUUUUACCUUUAAAAUUUUUGUUUAGGACCUUAAGUAUCUACAUGUUAGGUGUUAAAUGUUUAUCAUUUUCAUUGUUUCUUACUAGAUUCUUUGUUUUUUAGUUUUUCAUAGCUAUGAUUACAGUUACUUUUAAAUGUAGAUUACUGGUUGGUACCCCUUUGGUGACUAUUGAACUUUAGGUUUUUUUUUUUUUUUAAAUCCAUAAGGUCAUUACUUCACUAUUUUUAUUUUAUUUUUUUAAGGUUAUCCUGUGAAAUUUUAAACCCAACACCAUUGGCCCUUCCUAUUUAAAUUAAAAAAAAUUUAAAGAAAUUAGUUUUUUGAAACUAUCCUAAUUGCCUUUAGUUUUCUUUUGUUGUUUUGGUUUUGGUCAAACAAUGAGUUGGCUACUUUUUAUUUUCCCUCAUUAUCAGUGAAAUUCAUAUUCUUAAAUUGACAAGCUCAUUGGGCAAGUUAGGUGCACUGAAUCUAACCUUUAAGGUUGACAUGGGCUCAAACUUGGCCUAAAAAGAUGAAUGGACCUGAGGAAGUUCCUAUAAAUGAAUAUUUCCUAUAAUUGAUAAAAUAUUAUCAUUUAAUAAUCAGAUUUAAAACUUAUAUUAAGUGUAAAUCCCAAUGACUUUCCCCCUCUUGAGAGAUUAGUGGGGAUAAGCCAUUUUGUUUUGUGAUGUUAAAUUUAACUAUGAUAGUUAAUUAAAAAGACAUAUCUUGUAUUCACUAAAAAUAUUUUAAUUUAAAAUAUUCCGAUUUCUAAAGUGUGUUAGUUUAUCAAUUAUUUUUUGUUUAUAAAUAGACUUUAAUAGCUCUCUAGGAAUAUGACAUCUAAAGAAAAAUGAUUUUUCACCUUUAAAAUUACAUACUUUUGGAACUUUGAGAUUUGAGAAAGCCGCCAUGUAUAUUAAUAAAUCUAAUAAAAUAAAGAAAUUAUAAAUCUGGUUGUUCUAUAAAAGUAGAGUGCACAAAAAUGUCUUGUGUCUUAUACUAUCCAACAUUUGGGGAAAAUGUGUUACAGCAAAUUGCAGUUUAUCACCAUGUUUUUUUUUUUUUUUCUGGAAAGGAUUACAAAAUUUGAGGACCAUAAUAUAAUCACAGAGCAUAUAAAUGGAAACAGGUUAUCAUUUUUCAGCUAAAGUACUAUUGUUGUUGCCAACUUUAGGGCCUAUAUCAGGUACAUGUGGAUUAAAACACUGGCAUAGCUGACCCACCAAUAAACACGUCUGUUGACUAGAAUGCCUUUUGAUGGGAAUGACCUGCAAUGUGACGAUACCCUUCUCGUAAUGAAAGGGAUUUUAAUUAACUUGUGUAUUUUAAAAUAUAAUUCUGUGAUUAUGAACAGUAA